UCUUUCUCUCUCCUCUUGAUCUCCGAUUUGGCCUUCAAUUCGGCUUCUGCAUCUGCUAACAGUGAAUUUGAUUGAAGAUCACUGAAGUAUAAGCCAUGGCGGAAAAGGCAGUGACGAUUCGAACCAGGAAGUUCAUGACCAACAGACUCCUUUCCCGCAAACAAUUCAUCAUUGAUGUUCUUCAUCCUGGAAGAGCAAACGUUUCCAAGACCGAACUGAAGGAGAAGUUAGCAAGAAUGUAUGAUGUGAAGGAUACAAAUGCUAUUUUUGUUUUCAAGUUCAGAACCCAUUUUGGAGGUGGAAAAUCAACUGGAUUUGGUUUGAUAUAUGAUUCCGUCGAGAAUGCCAAGAAGUUUGAGCCUAAAUACAGGCUUAUCAGGAAUGGAUUGGCCACCAAGGUUGAGAAAUCUAGGAAACAGAUGAAAGAAAGGAAGAAUAGAACAAAGAAGAUCAGAGGAGUUAAGAAGACCAAGGCUGGUGAUGCUGCCAAGGCUGGAAAGAAGAAAUGAGUAUUUCUUAAUUUUGGGUGUUUAUAUUUCUUUGCUAAUCACGGCAUCUUGUUUGAUUUUCACUUCAUUUUGCUAGAACCUUAUGAUGAUUAUGUAGGAAUAUAGUUUACCAAACUGAAAUUAUUUAUUCAAACUAACUAUAAUUUUAAACAAUUUCUUGAAUUAUUGUUU